AUGGUUGCUGAAGGAACUUUGGAGCCCACAAUGCAACUGACCCAAGGCUUCCAACAUAACCUACGAGAUUUGAGGGUCUUGAAGAUGGUUUCAUACAUGAGCGACCAAUUCCCAAUUUGGCUGAUGAUGAUCGAGAAUGAUUCUGUUCUAAAAAAUUUGACUACAAUUCAUCUUGUUAAUCUCAGGAGGUGUGAGAGACUACCACCACUUGGACAUCUACAUUACCUUGAGGAGGUUGCAAUAAGUGGUUUUGAUUCAGUCAGAGUAAUAGAUGAAACAUUCUACGGGAAAGAUCACAAAUAUGUAUUUAAUCAAUUGGAGAGACUCACAUUCUCUGAAAUUUCUAGGUUCGAGAAGUGGCUGGACUUGAAGAACACACAUUGUGAGCGUCCUUUUCAACGUCUUUGGACAUUGACCCUAAUUCAGUGUCCAAAGCUCAAGGAAUUUCAUAUGCAAUUUCCAAGACUUACGAUAGAAUCACUUUUGUUGAAACUCUCGUUGAGCAAUGAGAUGCUAAUGCCUAUUUCUAAAUUUGUUGGUUGGCAGAACCUUCGGGGACUCGAAAUUUUGCAGAUAUUUGGGUGCCAAGAACUGAGGAGUCUACCAGAUGGUUUAAGCAACAGUAAUUCGUAG